UUCACUGUUUCACUUGAGACUCCAUUUACUGCUCCUGCAAUUGCUCAGAGAUGCUCUCUCCCUUCAAUUCUGCAUGCCCCCACAAUUCAUCUGCUCAAGGUGCAUAAAAAUGGCCACCAUCCCCCAUUCUCACUUCACUUCACUCAUCUCCCAAUCUCCUUUCUAACUCAUCAGUUCUCUUCCACCUUCAACUUGGGCAACAUGAAGAAGAUGAUGUGUUUCCUAGUCAUUUGCUUGGCCUCUCAAGCUCUCACUCAGUCCACCUCCAGAAGCCUUCAAGAUUCGCAUGGGGAAUGCCCACCGUCCGGCGCCGGCGCCGGAGUGCCGUCAUCACACGGCACGCCGCCGUCCGGAGGUGGUGGAGGUGGACACUACAACCCGCCAUCAUCGAACCCUCCGGUGGUGGUUCCCACCCCCACCACUCCUGUGGUGGUGGCUCCACCAGGGACGCCGACGUACGGGGCCGGCCCCGGAGUGCCGUCAUCCCACGGGGCGCCACCGUCCGGAGGUGGUGGAGGUGGAUACUACAACCCGCCGUCAUCGAGUACUCCGGUGGUGGUUCCCACCCCCACCACUCCUGUAGUGGUGGGUCCACCAGCGACACCGACGUACCCGCUUCUCCCGCCGGGGACUCCGUUCAUCCCCAUCGACCCCAAUUGCCCCCCUCCGUUCACUUGCGACUAUUGGAGGACGCAUCCAAACGCUAUAUGGGCCUUAUUUGGGUUCUGGUGCCCGCUGGUCCAAAUCUUCGGGCUGCCCAACCCGGCGGCCUUCGCGACGACGAACCCGACCCUGUUGGACGCGCUGGCGAACACGCGGCGCGACGGGAUUGGCGAGCUCUACCGCGAGGCCACCGCCGCGUUCCUCAACUCGCUGGCCGACCGCCGCUUCUACUUCACGGGCCAGCAAGUGAGGGACUCGUUCCGGGCCGCACUUGGGUCCGACCAGGCCGCUUUGGCCCAGGCCCAAGUAUUCAAGCGGGCCAACGAAGGCCGGCUCAAGCGCCAUUAAUAUUAAUUAUGCUUUGUGCUAGAUCGCCGUAGCUGAUGCUGCUUUAAUACGCGUGCAAUGUACUAAUUAUGUGGCUUUAAGACGUUAUUUGAUAUGUGUCCUGCGUUGUAGUGAUGAAAUUGAUUGAAUUUUGGGAGUAGAAUUGUGUAUUAAUGUUCCUCGUUUAAGUAUUAAAUGUAAGGCCAGAUCUCUGCAGAA